AUGUCUUUGUGUAAAUGUUAUUUUAAUUAUAAACUUUUUGAAAAAUGUUGUGCUAUAAAAAUACGUAAAAAAGAAGAUAAGAAAAUAAAUCAAUCUAAUUUUCAAGAAUAUUUAUAUAUUGCAUUAUAUGGAUCAACAAAAACUCUUAUUAAUGAACAGGAAUUUAAAAAUAUUUUUAUUAAUAAAUUAUUUUUGAAUAAAGAAAAACAAGAAUCUAAUGAUAAUGAAAAUUUAUCAAAAGAAAAUAAUAAUUCAAAUAAUAAUGAACAACAAUUACCUGAAGAUAAUCAUGAACAAAUAUCUGAAAAAAAAGAACAACAAAUUUCUGAAGAACAUGAAGAACAGCAAAUUCCAAAUAAUACUAUCUUGAUUGAAAAUUUAAAAAAAGCAAUCAAAGAUUCAAAUUUAGAAGAUUUAUUUUUAAAUAAACAAAUAUAUAAUGAUAUUACAAAUUCUCAAUUAACAUAUGAUGAAAAAAUGAAUCUUCAAGAUGAACGUAAACAAGAGUUAAAUAAUAGAAUUAAUGAAAUGAUAAAUGAAACAGAAAAUAUUGAUAAUUUAAGUGAAAAUCAAGUUUUAGAUAAUUUGAUUAAACAAUCUGAUAUAACAUUUCAUGGAAAAAAUUUAUUACAACAAAAUAAAAAAGUAAAAUUAAAUAAAUUACAACAAAAUCUUUUACAAUAUUAUAAAGAAAAAAUUAAUCAAACAGAAAGAAAUACUCAACAAGAAAUAAUUCAAAAUAUUCAAGAAAAAAUUAAUAAAGAAACUAAUAUUGUUAAAUUACAAGUUGAUAUGCAGGAAGAAAUUGAUAACGAUAAAGAUCUUACUAAUCAACAAAAAUGA